AUGCCCUGGCUACUCUCGGCUCCCAAGCUUGUUCGCGCCAUAGCAAGUGCCCGCGGCCUCUCAGGUUGCAUUCUUUUCCUCCAGAUAGCCGUUACCUCACUGUUUUUAGAUCUUUAUGCAAAUGUAGCCAUCACUUUUCCCAACUACCUUAGCGCUUAUGACUAA